UCGCGUCAAACUGGUCAAACAAAAACAAAGCAACUUAACCUCUAAACAGUGCCGUGUCGUGUGUCUCAUCGCUCUUGGUUGAAUUUCAAACUUUUUCAAUAAUUUGUUAAAAUAGUUCAUAAGGAAUUGUAUUUUAAACAGCACCUGUGAAUCUUUGGGCAGCGCGGACGAUAAUUCUCUGGCAAUGGCAGAAUUUGAUAAAAUCGAAGUUCGGGAUAUCACACGCAUUGAGCGUAUUGGAGCUCAUUCCCAUAUCCGCGGGCUCGGUUUAGACGAUGUGCUGGAGGCGCGUGCCGUAUCACAGGGAAUGGUGGGCCAGAAAGAUGCCCGUCGUGCCGCCGGAUUGGUGGUGCAGAUUGUGCGAGAGGGAAAAAUUGCUGGUCGCUGCAUCUUGCUGGCUGGUGAACCAAGUACCGGAAAGACGGCAAUUGCCGUGGGAAUGGCACAGGCUCUUGGCAACGAAACACCUUUCACGAGUAUGUCGGGUUCGGAGAUCUACUCCUUAGAAAUGAACAAAACAGAGGCGCUGUCGCAAGCUCUACGAAAGAGUAUUGGUGUUCGUAUAAAGGAAGAAACAGAGAUAAUUGAAGGCGAAGUAGUGGAGAUUCAAAUUGACCGUCCAGCAUCCGGCACGGGACAGAAAGUUGGCAAAGUGACGAUCAAGACUACCGAUAUGGAGACAAAUUACGAUCUAGGAAACAAGAUCAUCGAAUGCUUCAUGAAGGAGAAAAUACAAGCUGGUGAUGUGAUCACCAUCGAUAAGGCAUCCGGAAAAGUCAGUAAGCUGGGACGAAGUUUCACCAGAGCUAGAGACUAUGAUGCCACAGGAGCUCAAACGCGAUUUGUUCAAUGUCCCGAAGGCGAGCUGCAGAAGCGCAAGGAAGUGGUUCACACUGUAACCCUCCAUGAAAUUGAUGUCAUCAACAGCAGGACGCACGGAUUUUUGGCUCUGUUCGCCGGUGAUACCGGAGAGAUCAAACAAGAGGUUCGUGACCAGAUCAACAGCAAAGUCAUGGAGUGGCGCGAGGAGGGCAAAGCAGAGAUCAAUCCCGGAGUAUUAUUUAUUGACGAAGCUCACAUGUUGGAUAUCGAAUGUUUUUCAUUUCUGAAUAGAGCCUUGGAAAGCGACAUGGCACCGGUCGUUAUUAUGGCCACCAAUCGUGGUAUAACCAAAAUCCGUGGCACAAAUUAUCGAAGCCCUCACGGGAUUCCAAUCGAUUUACUUGACAGAAUGAUUAUCAUUCGAACAGUUCCGUACUCGGCAAAGGAAAUCAAAGAGAUUCUCAAGAUUCGCUGCGAAGAGGAGGACUGUCAGAUCAAUAAUGAAGCAUUGAUGGUUCUGGGUCGGAUCGCUACAGAGACAAGUCUCCGGUACGCCAUUCAGUCGAUAACAACCGCAAGUUUAGUGAGCAAGAGGCGUAAGGCAGCGGAGAUUACUGUGGAGGACAUCCGGAAGGUAUAUUCACUAUUUUUGGACGAGAAGCGUUCCAGCAAAAUCAUGAAGGAGUACCAAGAUGAAUAUCUGUUCUAUGACGAUAGUUUGAGUCAGGCGGAACAAGCGAUGGAGGUGGAAACCAGCUAAGCGGAUUUCAGUAAGUAAGUAAUUAGUUUUGAAACAACCUGAAAAACUGUGCGUUCUAUAUAUUGAUUCCAAUUUUGUUACGCUUACGUGUCAUAUUAAAGCGUCCAAAGCCAAUAAACUACUACUAAUGAA